AUGUAUUUUACGAAGAAAUUAAGAAAUAAGGAAACCCAUAAUAUACACACACUUUUGAAUAUGCAUUUAAAAAAUAAUAUAAUAAAAAAAAAAUAUCACUGUUUUAAGGAUAUUAAUAAGCAUAUAUAUAUAGUUAAAAUAAUUUUUAAGUUUAUUAAUAAUAAUGAUGAUGAUAAUUUUUAUAAUGUUAUAAAAGUUAUUUUAAAUAAACAUAUUGUUAAAUAUAUUUAUAAACUUUUAAAAUUUGUGUGUAAAGUUUUGUACCUAAGUAAGUGUAAAAAAAAAUGUUGUUUCCAUUUAAAGUCACAAUUUGAGGGAUAUUAUAUCAAAAAAAAUAAUUUUGCAAAAUAUUCAUUAAUAAAAACAUAUUUAAUAAAUAUAUACUAUAAUGUUUUUAAAAAUUUAUGUAUUAUUCUUACGAAACAUAAAAAUAGUUUAAGACAAAAUGGCUACCUACUUUUCAAAGGAAACAACAAUAAUGAAUAUGACAAUGAUAAUUAUAAAACUAACAAAUUUAGUGAUAACAACAGGUAUAUCAUAUAUAGUCACAAAAAUGAUGAAAAUAUACGACGAAUCUUUUUAAAAAUUUUAAAAAAAAAAAUUGAUUCAUAUGGGAAUAUAACUAGUAGACAAAAUUAUAAUACCAAAACUUGGCUUUUAAAAAGUGAGAAAAAUGGAGCAAAUAAUUAUAAACAGCUCUUUCGAGUUAUUUUGAUUUUCUUUAAAUAUAAUCCUUCCUAUUAUUUAAAUAAAAUAUUGUCAGAAAAAAGGAAAAAAAAAAUAAAAUAUUUUACUAAUUUAACAAAUGAUAUUAUUACAGGCUCUGGGUUGUCUCAUAAAAGUUGUGUUUUUCAAAAAAUAAAUAAGAGUAAUUUUAUAUGUGAUAAUAAUAUUUUUAAAAAUAAAUUAUCAAAGAAUAAUAUAUUUCAUAGAGAUAAAUGUAUUUGUUUUUAUAAAAAAGAUAAAGAGGAUGGAAAUAUUAACUAUAUAACUAUAAAAAAAGAUAGCCAUAGUAAAAAGAACAUUCGAAGAAUAAAUUUAUGCUCUUUUAAAGAUCGUGAUUGUCUUAAAAAAAUAAAAAUAAAAAAUAAUAAUAAUAAUAAAAUAAAAAAUAAUAAUAAUAAAAUAAACAGAACGAAGAAGUAUAUAAAAAUUAAAAAAAACAAUGUAAAAAAUGUUUAUUGUAAAGAUCAAAUUAUAUUAUCUUUAUGCAAAUAUUUGAACUUCCUAAGAAUUAUAUUUUAUAUUUUUUCAUUUAAAAAACGGAACAAAACUAUUUGUUCUAGCUAUAAUAAAAUUGUAAAAAAAGAAUUUAUUAAUUUUAUUUUCAAAAAAAAAACCCAAAAUAUCCAUUUUAUAUUUAAUAUUAAUAAUAGCUCUCUUUUUAACUUACUAAAAAAAAAUAAUUUUGUUUUUAAAAAUAUGAUUCGUUUUGAAAAGCAACCUAUAAAAGUUUGUGCUAUUAAGUUAAAGAUAAAAAAUGAUAUUCCAUUAUUUUAUGCAUUUCGAAAAAAACAAUAUAAUAAUUUAAGAGAGUUCUUAAAUUUUGAAAAAAAAACAUUUUACUCACAAAAUGUGUGUUGUCUAUUUUUUUUUUUAUAUCAAUUUGUUAAGAGAAAACAAAAAAUAAUUUUUAAAAUUUGUUCAAAAGUUAAAGACAUUAUUUCAAAUAUUAAGAAUGAAAAUUAUAUUAACAUUUUAAAAAACUUAUUAAUAUUAAAAAAUUUUCUAUAUUAUCAUAAAAGUCUAUUUGAGCAUGUUUUAAGAAUAUUGGAAAAUUAUCAUAACCGGAUUUUUAUUUAUGAUUCAUUUUGUUACGAAACCAAUUUUAAUGAGAAAAAUACAAGAUAUCAUCAAACAGGCAAGAAAACUGAAAAAAGCAAUAAGGGAAUAAAUUCCAAAUGUGUGCAAAUUAUUUCUUCAGACAUAUUACAAUGUAAACAAUGUACAUAUUUUAAUAAAGAAAAGUCAUCAAUGCAUUUCUACGAAAUGGGUAUUGAUGCUUAUAUUAAGGUCGGUUUAUUAUUCACGCAGUUAUUUUUGUAUAUUUUUUCUUUAUAUAUAAAUGUUUUGUUAAAAAGCUUGCUAAAAUAUAAAUCAAAUGUAAAAAAAAAAUACAUACUUAUGAAAAUUAUAAUUAUAAACAAAUACGGAAUUUUGGAGACAAAACAUGGUAUUAAUGGGGUGAUAACAAAUUUGAAAAAAUUCAUCAAAAUGAAAAAAAAAAAGAAAAAAGAAAUGAAAAAAAAAAAGAACGAUAAUUUUUUUUACAGAUCAAACAUUUUGUCUUUAAUUUAUUAUAUUAUAAAAACAUGGAAAGUUUUGAUUAAUCUAUCAGAUAUGUAUAAUUACAACAUAAAGUAUAACAAUAAUAUGAAAAUGAUUCUAAUAAAUUUUAUAUUAAUGUUAUUAAGAGAUAUGAAUAAUUUUUUUAUAAAAAACAAUAAAUGUUUUAUUAAAGAUAAUAAAAAAUAUUCAUCAAAAAAAUGGACAUAUUACAAAAUGAGGGAAGAAAAUAUGUAUUAUAUAUUGGGAAAUCACCUAAUAUAUAUGUUUUUUAAAAAAAAAUUUCUUUAUUUUUUUGAAUCAUUUAUUUUUUAUAUUUCAAAAUAUUAUAAUAAUGUGUCUAAUAAAACCAAAUUAGAGAACCUAUCGAAUGAAAUUAUACAUAAAAUAAUUUAUCAAAGUAAGGAAAAAGAUACUACAUUAAUUUACAAAUAUUUUAAGUUUGAUGAAACAGUUUUAAAAUUUUAUUCAAAUUUUAUAAACUAUAUAAUAAAAAAUAAAAAAAUAAAAGAAAGAAAUUGUAUACAGAACAAAAUCGAGUUUCUUUCCUUUGACCACACAAUAUAUACCUUAUUUUAUAGAAUGACAUAUUUUAGAAAAUUUAUAAUAAAUUCAAAAAAUAAAUUAUACAUAAGAAUGAUAAAUAAAUAUUAUUUGCUUUUAAUUAUAUUAAUAUGUUACAAAGGAAAAAAAGAAAAAAAUAUUUCAAAAUUUAUGACAAUUUUUUUAAAAAUACUUGUCUUAUUGUCGGAGCAAAAAAAUAUUGUUUUGCAACUCUAUUUUUAUAAAAUUAAAAUUUUAGAAUUUUUGUUACAUUGUAUUAAAGGUGGAUCUUUUGAAAUAAGAAAAAAGGAGAAGGAAAAAAGGGGAAAAAAUGGAAAAAAUGGGAUAUCCAAAAGUAAUAAAAUAAACUCCAUUAUUAGUGCUAAUAAAAAAAGACAGUCUACAAAUAAGGUUGCUUGUGAUAUGGUUUGUCAAAAAUAUGUUGAUAAAAAUAGUACUAAAAUAUAUAUUUCUUCUAAUUCGAAUAAUAACACAAAUUCUCAAUAUAAUAAACAUGAUAAGAAAACAAUUUUGGGAAAAAAUAUUAUACCUCCAUUAUGUUUAGACAAAAUUAUAAAAUCUUCUAAUUCUUUUGUUAAUUGUGUAUCCUAUGCAUAUGAUGAAAAUUUUAAUAUUUUUUCAGAUGAAAUAUCAUCAAAAAUAAUCAAGUAUGAAUUUGGAAAAUAUAUAGAUAAAACUAAAUAUUCGAAAAAUAUUUCUACAAAUAAGUUAAUAUUAACAAGUGAAGAAUAUUAUGGAAAUAAAAAUUUGAAACCCAAUUUUCAUAAAAUGGAAGGGAAAUACUUAAAAUAUGAAAGUUAUAAUUUAAUUGAUCAAAUUAAAUAUAAAAAACGAUAUAAAGAUAAAUUAAAUGAUAAAAUUAUUUCCGUUAAGGCAUGGGUUAUUCUAUUAAUUUUUUCCUUAAUAACGUCAUACAAUAAAAAAUGCCUUAACGAUUUAUAUUUUAAUGAAAAUUAUUAUGAUGAAUAUCAAAAUAUAAAUAAAAAGAUUGAAAAAAAAGUGUUUAAAAAAAAUAAAAAAAUAAAAAAAAUGCUAAAAAUAUGGUUAAAAAUAUUUGAUAAAUAUUUCUCUUUUUCUGAGUUAAUUAAUUCAGAGCAUUUACCCAUCAUACAAAUUAUUCAAUCUUUCAUAAAUAGUAUUAACCAUAUUAGGAAAAAAAAAAAUAGUAAUAUUAAAAAAAAAAAAAUUAUUGAAAAUAUAAAAAACAAAAUAAAGAAAUAUUUUAUCAAUGAUCAAGUAAAAUCAAUACUCUACAAUUUGUCUGUUGUAAAAAAUUUAAAAAAUAUAACAUUCUUAAAAAAAAUAAAUGAGCAUGGUAAUGGGAAAAUAUUUUUAUGUUCUCAUAAUAUAUUUAAUAAUACUUUUUUUAUAAUAAAAUUAAUAGAUAUAGCUAACAAUAUAAAUGAAAAUUAUAUUUUUAAAAAUAUUUUUAAUGAAAUUAAAUGUCUUCUCACUUUUCAAAACUCAAAAAAAGGGGUAUGCCAAAUGUAUAGUUAUGGAAUUAUUCCAAAUUUUAAUAAUAAUGGUUUUACCUAUUAUUUGCUUAUGAAAUAUUAUGAAGGCAAUUUAAAGGAUCUAAUGAAUUAUGCACACAUAAGUUAUUUAAAAGAGAUAAAAAAAAUUCGAGAAAGUGCAAAGCGUUUUUUUUUACCGACUGUGUGUAAGAAAAGAAUAGAAGAAAUCAUUUUAAAUUUUAGAAUAGCAAAAAUCACUAAAAAAUUCACUAAAAAACACACAAAAAGGUAUAAAGGGAAUUUUAUAUUUUGCUACAAAUAUCUAUGUAGAUAUACUAAUGUACAUUCUUGUUAUACUAUGAUAUUAAAAAAUCGAAUUUUUAUAAAAAUAAUUCAGUUGAAAUUUAUUUUAUUUAUUUUAAAUAUUUUUAUUCAAAUAAUAGAACAAAUUAUUUAUAUACAUAAAAAAAAAAUCAUUCAUUUUGAUAUUAAUACAUGCAAUAUUUUGAUCAAUUUUAAAAAAACAUACCCAUUAUUAAUGUGUAAAAAAUAUAAAGUAAAAAAAAAUAACUAUAUUAAUCAUGGUAAUACUAAGGAGACUCUUAAAAAUAUUCAAUCUCAAAUAGUUAUGGGAAAUCAUUUUGUAGAAAAUGAAAUAAAAAUAAAUUUAGACGUCAUUUCCUCUUCAUAUCAAAUUAAUAACUCAAGCUAUAAAAAACAAAAUAAAUUUUAUAAUAAUUUUGACAUAUCAAUGGGUAGUUUUAAUUAUAGACAAUAUUUUAAGAGCAUAAUGAAAAAAAAAGAUUGUCAACACAUAGUUAUUCCAUCAAUAGUUAUAAGCGAUUUUGGAGAAAGUAAGUUUUUUUUAAGAGAUACAGAUUUUAUUUUUUUCAGAAAAAAUCGAGGAAAUGAAAUAUUAGCAGCCCCCGAACUUUUUAUCAACAAAAAUAAAUAUAUAUAUUCAAAAAAUAAGUACAAAAUUGAAAAAAAAAAUGGAAAAGAAGAUACUGAAAUAAAAGCAAGAAAAAAAAUUCAAGGUAGUUUCUACUUUGAAAAUACUCCAAAAAAUCUCAUUUUUCAAAACGAACAAAAUGAAAUGAACUAUUUUUAUACUACUAUUUAUUUUGAAAAUAAUUAUAAAUUUUCAUGUUUAAAUACAAAAAAUAACAAAAUAGGUAUACUUCGUUACAAUAAUAUAAAUGUGAAAAAAGGUUUAAGAAAACAUUCAAUUGUAUCAUUCAAAUUUUAUAAAUGUUUAAAAAAAAUAAAAAUGUUGAUAAAAAAAAAAUUGGAAAAUCAGAAAAAAUUUCAAAAAAAAAAAAUAAAUAUGUCUAAAAGUGACAUAUGGUCAUUAGGAUCUUUAUUAUACGAAAUGAUUACUAAUGAAAAUUUGUUCAAUUAUUAUAAUUUUAUUUAUAUAAAGAUUUACGAAAAAAACGAAUUGUUAAAUGAACUUAUUAAUAAGAAAAUUAAAACACGAUUCAAGGAAUUGAAAUAUUUUUUUAAUUUUUUUUUCCAAUUUGAUUUAAAAAAGAGAAAAGAUAUUUAUGAGAUAUAUCAGGAAAGUGUUAAAAUCUACAAUUUUUACUCCAAUAAAUUAAAAAAUAAAGAAAAAAUAUUAAAAAAACAUAAUUUUAAUAUGAAUUAG